AAACCAACACUGACUCAGCGUUAAUGCAAUUCGAUCUCAAAAAUCGGAUUUCGUGUUUGAAUAGUGCUAAAAGGACUACGGGAUAUGUUUAAAUGAACGUGGUCUUAAUAACAAUACGCGCCAUAGCAACCGAGGUAAACGAAUGGCUCUGAAUGGUCUAAGGUAAAAGUGUACGAUAACAUUGGAUCGAACAUGGCUACCUGUCUAUUACUGGAAUAUUUUAAUACCAUGAUUUUUACGCGAUAAGCCAUCAUUAAGGAGAAUAUUGGAUAGUCAUUAGACGGAUUAAAAGCACAGGGUUAUCAGCUAAUCAUAAUAACAACGUUCGAACAUGAAGCUUUUACCAGCUCAAGAACGCACAUACGGGCACUACCCGGCACAGUAUGACAUUUACAGCAAGAACAAGACGCAAGUUGGAUACCAUAAAGAGUGCCUAUACAAACACACAAGAAGUGCCUACAGUGGGAAAUGCACCACAGAUAAAAAUGACUUGAGGGUGUCAAUUAAGAAACAAUCUCUCUCUCCGCGCCACCCUGCGCCUAGGAGUCAACAUUCUAGGGCGUCCAAAUACUCACCUCAUCAAGCUACAAAGGUGAGAGUUAAAAGUGCAGCGUCAAUACGAUAUAUGACCCCAGCUGCAACGUCAAUAUCGGCGGAGUAUGACGUAAACGGAAAUACAAACACGACACCAAAAGAAGCCUGGUCAACGCAGGCUGAACGCACCCCAACCGUUCCAGAUACAACAGAAAUAGAGCGACAUUGUGCACCCUCUCCUGACGGAAGCAAUAAAUAUAGCAUGGAGGAAUCAGCUUACAUCCCUCCUACUCCGAAAGAGGCAUUGAAAAUCCCUACUCCGUAUUUUUCUGAUGAUGACGAAGAGCCUCCCGUUAUCCCAUCACACCCUGGUCGUUCAUUACGGCGGGAACGAAUCAAAAGUGCGACAAUACACAGAGCAAAGGUCAACAUCCCUCAACGACCCGUCCAGUCGGCUGGUCCAACACGACCUCCUAUCGAGGCGAGAGUUGGGCCUCAAACUCCGACAACAGUCAGCAAAAAGCCCCUCCCAGCACAAGCCAUAGCGAGGCAAGGAAUUCUCUCCAAGAGUUGUGAUGUCACGGGCUAUCGAGCGCACGUAGCAACGCCACCGACGAAUCACAGCUACGACGCAACUAAUCCGCCAAAGUAUAUAAUGCGAGAUGAGUACGAUGUUCGGCUGAAAAAAUAUGGCUGGAGAAUGGAAGUCCAUGGAGAUCCUUUAAAACUAAAGGAUGCCGUUCGAAGACCAAGAUUAGCCUAUACUGUAGAAUGCGCCGAACCUGUUAUUCCACCUAACCCUCCCAAGGCGCGAUCGGAAAAUUUUGACACUUACUUCUUGAACACAAUUCCUCGGCGAAAGGCCACUUAUGACAUUGCAGCCGACUGGGCCUCCGAAACCUUACACGCCAAGAGAAUGGCCUUACAUCAAAGGGAAGUCAAAGAGUUUGGACCGAAAUAUCUGUACAGAAAUACUGACUAUGGGUUUAUAUAUUAGGAUGGCAGAAUUAUGAAGUUAAGGAUUGUGGAUUUCUUUAAGCCGGAUUGAUAUAGGCGUGGGAUUCGGUCUGGGAGAGGGGGAAUCUCCUGUUUUCGCAGGAACUUUUCGUGGCCAAAGUAAUGCAUUUUGCCAAAAUUGCAUAAAAGUCUAAUUUUGCCAACAUUGCUUUGCCAAACACUUAUUUUCGCAUGACUCCUAGAAUCCCAUAUCAAUCCCUGCAUUUAUCUGAUAAUUAUGGGAUAACACAGUCAUGAAUUGGAGGCUUCAUCUUAAUAUGUGGUCGAACAUGGUUGUUCGAAAGGAUGGUUUGAAAAUUACAAAGUGCAACAACCAUCGGAAAAUGAAGACAGGACUCAGAAAACAUCUGAGAUAAUACAAAUAAAUGCUAUACCAUUUUGAGAUUAACCAUGGGCUUUCAACUAGAAUUGAAAGCCCAUGGAUUAACAAAUGAUCUUGGAUUCAAAAGAUCUCAAAACUAAGCCAGAUUAGGAAAAUCUGAGCAUGUUGUAUCCCAAAAAGUGCAGUAGUAACGUGUAUCUAAUCGUGCAUUGUUUAGCACUACAUUGCACCCCUCUUCAAAUGUUAUAUGUAAUGAAUUGUGCAUAGUUAAGCAGUAAGCAACACUCCUCUCCAAAAAUUGUCAACAACAAUUUUCCCUAUUGGACCAAGUGUUAAAACCUAUUUGUGUAAAACAAUAUCAUGCAUUUGAGGAAAAGAUGAAUUAAAAAAACGUAAACACACUUUAACAGAAGGUCCACUUGGAAUUGUCACUGUCGCCAAAGUUUUUGGAGGGGUUGUACUUACAUGGGCUUAUUGUGGACCCGCAUAUCAAUGGUGUAUGCUGAUAAGUCAAUUACUGACAGUACUCCGUCAACGUUAAUCUUUUAUGUAAAUGAUUUGUUUGUGUCUACGAUUUAACGCUAAUUUUCUAGAAAUUAUUUUAUGUUCGUAGUUUAUUUAACUCAGGUUAAUUUCAAGUGCAAUGUGCAUUUAACUCCGCUAAUAAUUGUAAAUAUAAAUUUUAAUCCCGGGAUUUUAAUGCACGAAUCUAAUUAUGUAAAUGAUUUGUUCUCAUUUAACCUAGAUUAUGUUAUUUUAAUGUAUAAAGUGCUAGGGAAUGGCUGCUUUGUAUAUCGUCAAUUACAUUUUAACAGUAAGAAAUAAAACUAAAAUAUAAGAAAACGUGUACAUUCUUUGUUUUAUCUAAUACAUUACUGUGAACGUCCCA